AUGAAGAUCGAGAGAUUGAGGGAUGCCAUCACAUCUUUUCGGCAGCAAGAUGAUGAAUCUUUUACUGAAGCAUGGAAAAGGUUUACUGAGAUGUUGAGAAAGUGUCCCAGCCAUGGUCUUGCUCCUGGCCGUGAUCUUGUCAAAUUUUACCAAGGCUUAAACAAUGAAAGCAUGGGACUUAUAAAUGCAAGUACUGGUGGAGAUCUUGAUAAUAAGACACAUGAGGAAGUGAGGACCUUAUUUCAAAAACUAGCAGAUAAUCAAAGAAACUGGUACAAUCCAAGGAGAAUGGUUGAGAAGAAAGGAACUACCUUUGGAGCUUCAGUAGAAUCUGAAAGAAUGACAGCGGUUGAGGCACAACUAGCUAAUAUUAGCACCCAAAUGACAUCGGUGGCUAAAGCAGUAUCUUCCAUGCAGCUGAACCCACAACCUCAAAUUGUUGCAAUGAACUGGAAGCCUCAACAACAAGGGAAUUGGAACCAAGCUGGGUCAAGUAACAAUGGUGGGAACCAAUGGCGAAACAACUCCCAACCCCCUGGUUUUGAUAAGAAACCUUCACUGGAAGAUCAGAUGGGACAGAUAUUCUCUUUCAUGUCAAAGAGUCAAAAAGAGAAUGAUUUCUUCAAAGAGAAAACAAUUGAGAAGUUUGGACAGCUCGAGGCUUCUAUGAGAAAUUUGGAAACACAAAUAGGGCAGCUUGCUACAGCUUCUCAUACAAGAACUCACGGCACCAUUCCAAGUGAUACAGUGCCCAACCCCAAGGGAAAUGAACAUUGCAAAGCAGUCACCCUAAGAAGCGAAGAAAUUUGGAUUCAAUGCCUUUAA